GUAACUUUAGAUAUAAAUAAUAAUAGUAAUAGUACCAAUAAUAAUUUAGAUUAUUCAGAAACAAAAGUGGAUACUCAAUUUAAUCUUGACUCAACAUCAAAUAAUACCACAACAAAUACAUUAAAAAGGAGUGGUAGUAUUGGUAAUAGCAGAAAAAGAAUUAACUCUGUUGGAGAAGCAGCAUCAUCAUCAGCAAAUCAUUAUAUCGGAGCUAGUAGUUUAAACUCUAGCAUUAUAAAUUCAGAAACGGAAUCUAAAUUAAAGACAUUACAUAAAAAUAAGAGCAGUGAUCACCACAUGGGUCAUCAAAAGGGUAUUGGUAUAAUGGGUUCGAAUAACAUAAAUACCUAUAACGAUGACGAUGAGGAUCACCCAAAUAAAUACAAUACCGAUAAUAAUACAGGAGCAAUCCUAACUUCAUCACACCACCGGGAUGGAGAUGAUAAUAGUGAUGAUGAUGGAAGUGACCAAGAAUCCGAUAUCCAUCAACCAUUAACCCAAGCAAAUUUUUAUAAAGUUUAUGAAAAUCAUAUGAACAGUGUUCCAAAGAAGAAAUUUGUAUAUCUAUUCCCAGUUUGGUUAGAAGAAAAAUUAAGGAAAUUUGAUGAUCCAAUUAUAAGAGCUUGUCAAUUUUAUACAGGAAAACCAAUGUAUUAUUUUAGUUUAUUUAUUACAGCUUUAGUAGCGGUAGAGAUUGCAAUGAUAGCACCCUUUUUUUUAUUUAUUAUAGGCCAAGAUACAUUAGCUACAGAAUUUACAUAUUUAGCAUUACUUUUGUCAUUAAUUUCACAAGUGCCAAAACGUUUCCUUUGGCGUUUCAGACCAUAUAUGGUAAAGAGAGCGAAAACAGUUAAAAAAGAUAUGACAUCCUCAUUUCCAUCACGUGCAGUAACCUGCUCAGUUGUAUAUAGCUAUGCAGUAAUAUGGAUCGCCACAUAUUAUCAAGAUCAUCAAAACACAACAGUCGAGUGGUGGAUGCCAAUCAUGUUUGUUUCAUGGGUAUUGUUAUCUUCAUUUGCACGUAUCAAUUUAGGUGUACAUUAUCCAAGUGAUUGCGUUGGUGGGGUUAUUCAAGGUGCUAUAGUUUGUAUUGCUGGCACUGCUUUUAGAAAGGUUGAUAUAGUCGGUUGUCGUUCUUGUUGGGAUGAUUCUUGCUAUGCUGCUAUAGAUUCUGCUCAAGAAAUAACGUUUGCUCAUAUGAGCCGUUUAAAUUUUAUAAUGCUAGUAUCUUUAGUCUUAUUGUUUUUAGUUGUACCAAUAGUUUCCGUUAUGAAGCCUGUCGAUUUUUGGUCAAAAUGUGAUCGUGUCUAUGGUAUGUUGUUCCCAGCCAUCGCUUUCCAAUUAUUAUUGCUUUGUCCAAGUAGUUAUCAUUUAGGUGGAUCUUUAUCGAAGCCACACAACCCACAUUGGUAUUCUUAUAUAUUUGGUGGUGUUUUAGCUUUAUGUGCAACAUUAAUACCAGCAAAGGCUAAAAUUGAUGCAAAAUAUUCAAUUGUUACAUUUUGGGUUUUAUUCAUAGUUUUAGCAGGAUCAUUAUUUUCAUGGAGAUUAGGAAUGAUAGGUUAA